CAGGAGUGCUGCUGAGCCGGGCAGAGCAGUCAGACACAGAGGAGGGCUGGUGGAGGGAGGAAUGCUGCCUCAUGCCGCCGGGGUUUACCGACUAUUACAAAUCUGACGCGACGGACACUACUUACUACUGGAAGAGGGAAUAAUUACUCUACGAAAAUGCAUCGUUUUGGGAUUUGGAUUCUGAUGGCGGCUCUGCAGGUUGUUGUUCUGGGCGGAGAGGCUGAGCGUCAAUUGUCAAACAAACCGGGGUCGUUGCCAUGCAUGAGGGGCUUUUCUCAGAAGGAAUACAUCAUCGAAACGGACCAAGAGCUGGCAAAGGGACAGGCUGUCUUCAACGUGAGCUUUGUGGACUGCGGUGGAGGGAAGGUGUGGUUCGAGGCUGGAGAUUCUUCUGACUUCAGGGUGAGUGAGGAUGGCGUCGUGUACAGCCUGCGGCGCCUCAGCCUGGCAGGAAAGGGAAAAGCCGGGUUGGUUGUCUACGCUCGAGACCUGCAUUCCAAACAGAUCUGGAAGACCAGAGUUCACCUCCAUCAUGGUAGAGAUGCAGGACCCCAACAGGUGAAGCCCAGUGAUGCAACACUGACUCAGCAUGUAAGGGAGAUCUUGUUUCCAUGGCACAGCGUGGUUGUCAGGGGUGAUGGCACUCUGAGGCGAGUGAAGAGAGACUGGGUCAUUCCACCUAUCAACGUCCCCGAGAACUCACGAGGACAGUUCCCUGAGGACCUAGUCAGAAUCCGCUCGGACCGAGAUAAGAACCGAAUGCUGCGUUACAGCGUGACGGGCCCUGGAGCCGACCAGCCUCCAACUGGCAUUUUCAUCAUCAACCCGAUCUCAGGCCAGCUGUCUGUCACCAAGCCUCUAGACAGAGAGCACAUCUCCAACUUCCAUUUACGAGCCCACGCUGUGGACCUAAACGGGAAUCAGGUUGAGAACCCCAUCGACAUCGUCAUCAACGUCAUCGACCAGAACGACAACAGACCAGAGUUCACACACACGAUCUUCAACGGCUCUGUACCCGAGGGUUCCAAGCCUGGAUCCUUUGUGAUGACAGUGACAUCAGUGGACAAGGAUGAUCCAAAAACUGCCAAUGGGAUGCUGCGAUAUAAGAUCUUGUCCCAGAAUCCCCAGAGCCCCUCCUCCAACAUGUUCACAAUUAACAACAGGACUGGUGACAUCAUCACAGUGGCAGCAGGCCUCGAUCGUGAGAAAGUCACCCAGUACACUCUGAUCAUCCAGGCCACAGACAUGGAGGGAAACCCCACAUAUGGCCUGUCCAACACCGCCACCACUGUCAUCAGAAUCACCGAUGUCAACGACAAUCCCCCAGAAUUCACGACAGACACGUUCUUUGGAGAGGUUUAUGAAAACAGGGUGAAUGUGAUCGUCACUAACCUCACCGUGACGGAUAAAGACCAGCCUCACACUCCAGCCUGGAGCGCUGUGUACCGCAUCAUUGCUGGAGACCCCACUGGACGCUUCUCCAUCCCCACUGACCCCACCACUAACGAAGGCCUGCUCACUGUGGUCAAGCCUAUAGAUUUUGAGCUGACACGUUCCUUCAUGCUGACGGUGGAGGCAGAGAAUGAAGUCCCGCUGGUCCGCGGCAUCCACCUGCCUCGUCAGUCCACAGCGACCAUCUCCGUACGAAUCCUAGACCUCAACGAGAGUCCAGAGUUCAGCCCGAACCCCAAAUCCAUUAAGCUUGAGGAGGGUCUGCCUGCCGGGUCUCUGCUCACCACGUUCACUGCCCAAGACCCAGACCGCUUCAUGAGACAAACUAUUCGGUACUCCAAGAUGUAUGACCCUGCCAACUGGCUGGAAAUCGACCCGGUUAAUGGUCGGAUUUCCACCAUCGCCAUCCUUGACCGAGAGUCUCCCUACGUCAAGAACAACCUUUACAACGUUACCUUCAUGGCUUCUGAUAACGGUAUCCCCCCUGCCAGCGGGACAGGCACCCUUCAGAUGUACCUGCUGGACAUUAAUGACAACGCACCGCACGUUUUCCCCCCUGAGGUGGAGAUGUGUGAGAGGCCGGAUCCUAACACCAUCAACAUCACAGCCAGUGACCCCGACCUGACCCCUAAUGCUGGACCAUUCGCCUUUGAGCUGACCAAUCACCCGACAGACGUACGCCGCAACUGGACUCUGAGCCGCAUCAAUGGCGAGUAUGCCCUGCUGCGACUGCGGAUCGGCUCCUUGGCCAGUGGGAUCUACGAGGUACCCAUCAAGAUCACAGACUCUGGCAACCUGCCCAUGUCCAACACGUCAUACCUGAAGGUCAAGGUCUGCCAGUGUGAUCACCAUGGAGACUGUGUGGACAUGGAGCGAAUCAUUGCCGCUGGACUUGGCACCGGAGCUAUCAUCGCCAUCCUCAUCUGCAUUAUCAUACUAUUAGUGCUGGUUCUGCUGUUUGUGAUGUGGAUGAAGAGGAGAGAUAAGGAGCGACAGGCCAAGCAACUCCUCAUUGAUCCAGAGGACGACGUCCGGGACAACAUCCUCAAAUAUGACGAGGAGGGAGGCGGAGAGGAAGAUCAGGACUACGACCUGAGUCAGCUGCAGCAGCCUGAUGCACUAGAGCCUGAGUGCGUCAAAGUGGGGAUCAGACGUUUGGAUGAGAGGCCUCUCCAUCAUGACCACCAGUACCCCCUCCGCUCUGCUGCCCCCCACCCAGGAGACAUCGGAGACUUCAUCCACGAGGGCCUGAAGGCGGCAGACAACGACCCCACCGCCCCCCCAUACGACUCUCUGCUGGUCUUUGACUAUGAGGGCAGUGGCUCUGAUGCCGGCUCCCUCAGCUCCCUGCACUCCUCCUCAAGCUGUGGAGACCAGGACUACGACUACCUCGGCGACUGGGGGCCACGCUUCCGCAAGUUGGCCGACCUGUACGGCGGAGGGGACGAUUAGAACCCUAAACCACCAACAACAACCACCACCCCACCACACCUCACCCUUGCUCCAAGGCUCAGGUGGUGGAUUUUGGUUAAUGAAGAGGAUACGGGAUGAACAUUGGGUAUUGAUCUGCACUUCUGUAUUACCACGGGACAGCUUGUAAAGAGACUCGCUGCCCCUUGAUGACGGUUACUGACACUGGGGACCAUUCUGACUCCUGGCCUAGCAAGGCCUGGCAACGGCUAGCAUUCAGGCUAAUGGACAUAAUCAUCUGAGCAUUAGCCCCUGUGCUAACAAAUGUGAGCAGCUAGAACAGUGCGAUCAGACGGGAUGUUGUCUCUAUGAUGGUGAAGAGCUACAACAGCCAUGCUACAGACGCUCAUUUACACUUGAAUCUCACAGUACAGGAGCACUGGGGUCAAAUGUGCCUUUUUGUACAUUCUUUUGAUUGUGUUCAGUCUUGAUUCUGUAUUGCUUUAAAGCUCCUGGUGUUUUGCAAUGCGACUGGAGGAGCACUUCGCCAUUGUGUGUAUGUGUGUGACUGUGUGUGUACGGGUGUGAGUGUAUUGUGUGUGGCUUCCACCUCAUUACCAAGAUGUGUGUGCAAAAGUAUGUAUGAGUCAUUUCCACAGAGACACACUGGAUGGACACUAAAGGGCAAAGCCUACUAUGAGAAGCCUUGGAUGAUCCAAACAGCAGGAAAAAAAAAAAAUGGCUUUACUGCACAGCUCUGGGAGGUGAACUGUUUCUCUCCGGCCAAUUUAAUCAUAAAAUAAUCACUGCGCUCAUUUGUAUGACACCGUCUGGAUCAACCACAGAAGAUAACAGGAUCACACAUACAUAGACCCGUUAUGCUGACUACGGGUUUUCUUUUAACGAGGAACAUACUAAAAUCUCUAGCUGACCACAAAUGUUUGCCAUUCAAUUUACGAGGCAUUGGAGAACUCCUCGCUGUGAUCCAGCAGAUGUGGUUGUUUUUUUUUUUUUUGCCUCUUUCUCAAACUCUGUGUGCAUAAACCGCAGUCUCAUUUCUCUGCAUUGCUCAAGUAUUAAUGAGAUUGACUGCCUAUGUUUAGAAAGGCAGCCAACAUCAGAAGUUUUAAUUUCCUCCCGGCUCUCCCACACUGAUCUUCCUUUUGAAAAGCCUGAUCAUGUAACAUCCAAUCAUCGCCCCAGCGUUGAUCGACUCGCCGUAAAGAAUGGCUGCUAUAAACAUCCUUCGAUAGGUGAACACAUUUAGUGCCGUUUCAUUUGAAUCUGAAAUGUGUAUUUUUUACUAGCAUUUGAAGUGCAGUUUAAAUAUUGUGAUUAUUAUGAGAGCUAGUAAAGGAUGACAAAAUACAAAAGUGGUGAAAAUCAGUGAUACAAUAAAAGGUCCAUUCAUGUGUUUGUGUGCACAUGAAAAAGAAGAGCGAGAACAGCAACAAAGAAUCAAGGUCGCUAGCAAGGAAAAUACAAAUCUGAAACCAUCUAAUGCGCUUUGAUUGCAAAGCAGCAGCCAGAGCUGUUGAAAUUCCCCUCAUGAAGAAAUUGAAGAGUGAUGAAAUAUCUGAUUAAAAUGACGGAGGAAGAAGAGGACAUUUGAGUCCAGAUGUUGGUUCAGUAGCUGCUGUCCAGAUGCCCUUAUCAGUUUUAGAUUUACAUAUAUUUUUAUCUGCAGCUCAAAAUCUGACACAUUUCAUCUGUAAUGAAAACACAUGAGCCAAACUUCAAGUUAGGUUUGACAAAUGAAAACAAUUAAAAUCAUUUAACUUUUCUAAUUCUGCUUAUUGCAGCUGCAUAUGUUUCAGCUCCUCUCUAUUGCUCGAUUUAAUUUGAGCCAUCUGUGGAUAUUUUGUCCCUGGUAGCAGAAAUAAUCCAUCCGACGGUUCGGUGUAGAGCAAGUUGUUUUUCUGACUUCUUGCCUGAUGUUCAUGACAUCUAACACAGAUAGCCAUGUUCUCUGGAGCGUUUCUAUCGAGAUGGGAAGCUACAGUUUGACAAACAAAUUAGAAAUACGUUAAUUAGAGGAACAUUUUUUAACAUGUCUUCUGCUGAACAAAGUUUCUGAAGAUACACUAAAUGUCAGAUAACAGCUGCAUUUGAAUUUGAUUCCUGUUUAUGUUUCCUGAUUUUCAUCCCAGUCCAGACUCGAACUGUAUGGCUGCUUUUACUGAUAAUAAGACGACCACCCUUUUCAAAAUGCAUUUUAGCUCUGACUCUUUAAAGGAGAUCUAUUAAACUCACUUUGACCAUAAAUGAUGUCAGUCUGGGACCCCUUUUGAGCAGCGCUGCGAAAUGUGUAGCUCAAAAACCUCCUCAUUUAUCUGAUUCUGGUGUCAGUUAAAGCCCUCACUUCAGCCUCUGUCUGAAACGCUUCAUUUCAGCUACUGUCUCUUUAAGACCCCGACCCCAAUGCCCCCUUCCUUCUGAUGGGCCAGCUCUGUUUGCAGUCGCAGGGGAAUCUGAGUGAGCUUAAUUGUUGGCGUUUCCUUGAAAGAGCUGCCGAUGUGGGCGUGUCCUACAACUUUGCUCCACGCUUUGCUCUGAUACGUCUCGUUCAGACAUGCAGCAAAGGGCCCAGGUCGGAAUCAAACCCACGUCUGCUGCGCUGAGGACCAUCGCCUCCUUACAUGGGUCGGGAGAACCUGUAUUUUGAUCUGGCUAUCAGUUUACAUUUCAAACCCUUUCAUCGUGUUCAGGACCAAUAUUAGACGACGGGCAUCCUUCACUCUGACAGUGAACCUGUGGAUUUAUUGGGAGGUAUAUUCUGGACACACUCGGAGCUGUACAGUAGAGCUGCGUACUUCCUGCCUGUUUGGUGCUCCAAAGCUUGUGAGAAGACAUGUACAGUACAGUAAUGCUAGACUUUAGAUAGAUCCCUUCUGUUUUGUUUUGCUUUUCUUACGAUGUAACUUAUGCAGCUGAUCGCUAAUAAAGGGAGACAUCAGUCCUUGUUUUGUAGCAAAGAAAACUUGUCCAUCCUCUGCUGUGGUGGAUUCAAUUCAAAAAGGCAAUGUUUCUUCUGUGCGCUGACGGUCUGCCUUAGUGUUCUCUGGUACUGUCCAACUGGCUACUCACUGUAAACAGAAACAUGUACAGAUUGUAUUUUUCUCUUGUUGUUCCUUUGGCCGUGGUCUCUGACAAUGACAUGCUAAUAUCCUGAAUCCUUGUAUAUGUGUCAUUUGGAUUACAAAUUAAAACAUUUUUGCAUGUUUUUAUCUUUUCA